UAAAGUUGCCGGCCGAAGGGUGUGAUCCAGUCCAAGUUCUGAAAUAACCUAAACCCUACCUCCACUUCUAAAAAGUGGUUGUUUCUCUUCGGCGUGCCAAUUCAUCCCAUCUUCUCUCUACCGCCCAUAUCUCAGCCAGACGAUCAUACGGUUAUAACUUUAUUAUUCAGAAAUGGCAGUCACAUUCCAAAACCUUAGUUCAGAUUCUGGCUUCCAGAAGCUUGAUGAGUACCUUUUGAGUCGUAGUUAUGUCACUGGGUAUCAAGCAUCCAAAGAUGACAUUGUGGUGUUUUCGUCCUUGCCCAAGCCCCCAUCCCCACAACUAGUAAACGUUUCUCGGUGGUACAACCACAUUGAUGCGCUUUUGAGAAUUUCUGGUGUAACUGGAGAAGGUUGUGGUGUUAUUAUAGAAGGCUCUGCACCUGUCACACAGUGUGUGGCAACACCACCUGCCUCUGACCCGAAGGCUGCAUCUGCUGAGGAUGAUGAUGAUGAUGUUGACUUGUUUGGAGAGGAGACUGAAGAGGAAAAGAAGGCUGCUGAAGAACGUUCUGCAGCUGUUAAGGCAUCUAUUAAAAAGAAAGAAUCUGGAAAGUCCUCAAUUCUUUUGGAUGUUAAACCAUGGGAUGAUGAGACUGAUAUGAAAAAGCUUGAAGAAGCUGUUAAAAGUGUUUCAAUGGAAGGAUUAUCUUGGGGUGCAUGCAAACUUGUUCCAGUUGGUUAUGGAAUUAAGAAACUGCAAAUCAUGCUCACCGUUGUGGAUGACCUUGUUUCUGUUGAUGAUCUUGUGGAGAAUUAUCUCACCGUUGAACCUAUCAAUGAAUAUGUUCAGAGCUGUGAUAUUGUUGCUUUCAACAAAAUAUGAUUUAUUUGCAUUUGGGUGCUGGGGGAAUGUGCUAUGCUUAUAUACCGCCUACCAAGGACUGCUUCAAUCUAUUGUGGUUUUUGUUGGACGAGAGUUUUUUGUUGGGACUCAUUUUGUGUUCUUUUGAUUUGUGGUUACUGUUCCAUAUCUAAUGUGGAACUUCAACUUUCCGAGUAUAAUUUAUUGGUAAUAUGCGUGUUUUUUUACUUUCUUGAAAUUUUAUCUUAGAACGUUCAAUUUAUGCCACUGCCCUUAUGUUAGUGGAUUGAUUUUGAUUGAGUGGACGGAUUAAGUUUGUCAAGUUCUAAUCGGGUCUGGUUUGUUACUUCACUGGAACCCGAAAUGUUCCAUUUAUGAUGAUUAUAAUAAAAACCCAACUCAACAAUUUGAUUCGUUAAACACUUG